AUGACUGUCGGAAAUAUAGAAUGCAAGCUUGAGCAUUUCCCCAAGACAGUUAAAGAGUGGAAAGGACUUGUUGUACCCGUUCGCGAGGGCAAAAGGGCUCAAGAUUACCAACAUCAUGAGUGUUGGUGGUAUCCUUGGUUCGCCCUUCGACCAUUCUUCAAGAGCAAGGGCUACACUCUUUUCGAGCUGAACGUGAACGAUUCGUCCUGCCCACCUUUGAAUCCUGGAACCCCUUCUUCUGAUUCGUUUGGUCUGUAUGGGUCAGAAUCUAGGAAUGCGCAUUCCAUGCCCGACACAGAGUUCCUGCAUUGUGGCAUUGCUGCUGCUGCUCGUGACGAGAAGAACCGAGAUGUGGUCAUCAAACUCCUCGGAAAGUGUUCGGACUCACCCGACAUUUCAGCCGAGUAUCAGAUUCUAUGUUUAUUGAAUACAGAAUUCAUGCGAGCGGACACCAGGAACGCGACUGUCCCUGUGCUCGAGUUUAUCGAUUAUGAGGACUGGGAGUUCGCUGUAAUGCCCAUGUGUUGCGGUGCAUCAAUGUACCCCUUGCUCACCUCGGUGGAAUGCUUGGACUUGGCUUCACAAGUACUCCAUGCCUUAGCUUUUCUUCAUGAGAACAACAUCGCCCAUCGAGAUAUCUCACCCGAAAACAUAAUGAUGAACUACCAUGGCCAGACGCCAAAUCUCUGCGCCUGGGGCGGAGAGAACGGCUUCCCGAUGAAAAUUGAACCUGUGCCCGAGUUCCGCUCAACGUUCCCAGUUAAAUAUUCUCUCAUCGACUUCGGAUACUCAGUACACUUCCCAACUGACGCUACACGCUCCAAUCGUCUCGUGAAUGACCGCCGUGGUCGUCCCACCCGUGCACCAGAAGUCGAUGGUGACCAGCUGUACGACCCCUUCGCCGCGGAUGUAUACCAAGCGGCCCAGAUGAUCUUCAGCUGGUUCGGCUGGAAGAUCCUCGAUGAAGUCCCGAAACUGCUGGACCUCAUGCAUGAUAUGACGAGCGCCAACCCUGCUGAUAGGAUUUCAAUGGACUCGGCUGCGUCGAGGAUGAAGACACUAUACGACGAACUUCCCCCUCGAGAGCAGCUGACCAGGCGGGAAAUUGAAUACCAAUAUUUCCAUCCCGUGCCGAUCCCAACUCACGAGCAAUUGGCUGCCGCGAUAUCGUCCGUGCGGAGAGAUUAA